AAAAGAAACUUAUGUGGUCUGUAUGUUGUUUGUCAAAAGUUUGGCUUCGAUCUUAUAAUUGAAGUUAUACAAGAGGAAACUUUGUUGGUGCAUUUGUGGACCAUUGGUUUUAUCAGUUAAGUAUUUUCCUGUUCAGACAAGUUAGCGCGAGGACUUGACGUACGCAGUAGGCAUUUGCAGGUGUUUACGUUAGUUGCGUUUUAGUUGUGUUUAGUGCAUACCAUCGAGAUAUGUGCAUACAUCCAUCUUAAGAAUGUCAUUUCGAAGAUUUCUGACUCAAAGUGAAUUGGAAGCUGCCGUUGAAGAAGCUGGACAAGAACUGUACAAUUACAGAAAAGAUGCUCUUGAUGCUGUUUACAUACCUCCAGAUGUAGACAAUGUAACUGACGAGGAGGAUGUAGAAGAUGAGCUACUACCCGAAAUUGAUGUACCAGGUCCUUCAGACAUUGCUGGUACAUUUGAACUCCACGCAUUUAUGAAUGAAGAUGAUGCUGCUGAAAUCCCAAACAAAGAGGAAGCCAUUUUUUUGACGAUGAUGGAUUCAAUCCUUCCGAUGAUGAGUUUUUGGCGUCAAAAAAAUUGCGACUGGUUCCUCCCCCCGUGCCAGUCACAUCCACAACUUUUGCUGUGCCGCCCCUCCAGCCAAAGUGGGAAAAGGGUCCACUGGAGUACACUCAUUCAUCCAUCAGCAACGAAGACAUUGACAUGGAGCAUUUAA